AUGCCAGAAACAUCUUCGCGUCGGUCUCGCGCCGCCCUUUGUGAGAACAUUGAUGAAGAUGCUGAAGUCCUGCCCCGGGCUGCUCGUACCGAAGCCAACGCCUCAGAGUCAACAUUUCGAGCUCAACGUGACAAUGAACUCUUAGUCAUGCAGCUCUUUGAGGAGCACGCAUCGCAGUGUGAGAGGUGUAAAGACCCCUAUGGAACGUAUGAGCGCAAUGACGUCCUUUGCGACAUCGGAACCAGCUACGCAAUAAAUGUUGUCAUCUAUACUCAGGGGGAAAGACUCUUCCCUACAAUCGAUCUCAGGAGAGGAAACAACGUCCAAGUCGAGGUUCCCACUGGGAUGUACUCGGUCAACUUGCUCUUCAAGGCUAUAGGUGAAGGAAUGAAACUCGGGUCAACGCGAGCAACGUUGUAUGGUCAUGGAACACCAUACGUCGAGGAGACAGGCGAGACUGACCCAUCGGGAAAGCCAAUCUCGCGGGCACAACCCAGCAGACACCACAGCUCUCUGUUCGAUAACGUGGUUGACAUACAACCUCAUGGCCCUCGAUCAGACACGAGAAACGCAUCAUACAAAGAUGACAUGAAGCAACCUAAGAUAUCCUCCGACGGCUUUGAUCGAUCAGAUUUGAGAGCGCGACUAUAUACUCAAGGGAUCGAUCAGGAUAUCGCAUCUCCUUCUAGAGCCGACCAACUCAAGAGAACGCUCGCAGAAUAUGCCGAACAGAGAAAUCGUGCAGCGCUUGAUCGUUCUCGGCUCAGUCCAGCUUCUUUGCAUUGGGCCCCUGGUAUUCAGUUCACAAACCAAGAGGGCACCAGAAGGCCCAAAACAGACCAGCUGCAGGAGCCCGUGGGUCUUGGGAGAAGUAUAUUCGAACCCGAUCCUCUUGAACAAGUUGGGCGAGCGCCAAGCCCCUUUCCCGUCCUGCGAAGCCUUUUUGACGAAGAUGAAUACCCAUAUAAUCUAUGGCCAGGACACUGUGAACGAUCACCAACUGACCUGACCGCAGAAGCCCUGCGCAAUCUGCAGCUACAGUUUAGAGAUCCUGCAUUUACGACCACAAAUAAGUCAGGAGUUUCUUCAUCUGUAGGAUCUCCCGAUCUGCCUUCGACUUCCGAAGGUCGUCAAACCACUCCUCCGGACGGCUUGUCAAGCACUUUCGGUGCCGAUUCUGCAGCUGAAGAUAGAGAUAUUCUGAGAGACUUGGAACUCAGUUUACCUGAGUCACACAAGGUUUUCGGGCUAUUGCCAGAAGAUGAAGAAGCUCGUCUUCAUGCCUGGGCAAAUUCUGGCUAUGCCAGUGGGCGUGUCGAACAACCAGCCGAGGCGCCACAACGGACACAAUAUACUUUGUCAGUGGUAGAUGCUUUAGCUCCUGCGAUCGAUCCUGUGGAUACCAAAAGAUUGGAGCCAUCUCGAGAACCCUUCAAAAUCACGGCAACUAACUUUGAUGACAUUGUAUCGGUAAUCUCUGACGAAGAUGAUAUUCAGUCUCGAGCGGAAAGUCACAAAUCCCGACAAGUACUAGCUGCAGAGGACCAGAUCCUGGCCUUUUUUGCCUACCACAACGAGAUAUUCCCCUUGUGUUCUGAACUGCUUCCACAAAUGGGUCGACACCGAUUUAUCAACAAUUUUCGAAGGCUGCUCAAACCAUACUAUAAAGCUCAGCUCAGUUUAGCUAACAUAAACAUCGAAAAAUCGACAACCUUCCUUCUCCGGAGCCGUUUUCUACGCGAACGUAUCGCCAAAUCUAUCGCCGAUAGGUUGGAUCCUGAGGAGGAGACUCGACUCGAGGCUGAGAAGCAUUUGGGGGACAUCCAAGAUCACACAGGUAUGGUACAAGAAUGGUUGGAGACACAAAAGGCUUUUGCACUGAAGGACGACGUCGAGCAUAAUGAAGAUGAUCAGAUUGCGAGCCUCUCAGAGGAUGACGACGACGAUGAUGAUUACGACGACACUUUUGAGGACGCCAACGCCAACGAGUACCAUCACUUUCCACAUAUUGACAAAAUGAAGAAGUUUCUCGGGAGCAGCGCUGGUUUUCGAAAGCUCCUCAUAGAUCUCAAUAUGCUACUCCUUCCCCAGCAGUAUCGUUCAAUUGCUCACUCACUUUUGGUUAUUCCAACCGACUCCAUCAAGGUGGCCGCAAGUUGCAAUAUAACAGUGUUGAACACUCUCAAGAUUAGAGUGGAAGAAGCCACCAUGACCGAAUGGAAUUGGUGGCCAUUGGAAGCAAGUUUCCGCCCUCCACUUCCUGGCUUUACGAGGAUUUCAUGGAAAUGUUACUGUAAUAGGAGCCUAUGGCGCGACAUACCUGAUGCUUACAUCGCCAAUUUCAACAAUCUUCUCACUCUGAAGCGUCAUGAUAUAUUUGGUUCGUCCACAUGCGCCAGAACUUUCUCGACGCAGAAAAUUGGGCAACAGGCAAAGAGGAUGAUCCCAGCGAUUCACAAUCCCCCGCUCAAGACUUCACCAUCCCCAUCUGACCCUUCCAGCAGUGGUAGACCGUUAGAUGCGGGCUCGAAUAUUAGCAUACCGACAUCUCCUGGCCAGUCAUCCUCAUCAUCGGCCUCCCGGUCACUCUCAAGACCAUCCUUCAGCAGCGGGCACACCACGAGCAGCGCCACGAGUAUGACCAGCGUCAUGAACUCCGUUAACAUUGCCUUGCGUGAUCGAUUUGUUGUCUUUGGAGUCCACGGCAAGCGGCGAACUCUUGACAUAGUGCAUAUUAACACCACCAAGGACAACGAUGACAUGAAGUUCUUGGACACACUUCUCGCUUCUUAUCGAGCUCUCAGGGGUCGAAUGCGACUAUGGUUCUCGAUUUGGCAGCUGCACCACUGUGAAUUUGUGAAGUUCAAAAAGGUUCUGCCAGAUCGUGUCGUGUCCGCCGGGCCUGAUCUGCCCUCUUGUCCGAUUGACUACAGCUACGACCCACGGCCUCCAGAUCCACGGGCUCCCGCUCUUGACAAGCACGUGUGGGAGCUUGCUCUUCUUCGACCCUGCAGGGGCGCUACACUCGGCGUCAACCUCCAAUUCUGUCUUUUGUCGUGGCUCCACGACUGCCUCCCCCCUCUUGGUGCCGGCUCAAAUAUUUACCUCCCCACUAUCCCACAAAAACAUAGCGAAUGGCUUCUCAAAACACCCGGGAUCGACUAUGCCUGGGGCAUCAAGGCGGUUGAGGAGCCGUACAUCAUCAUCCUGAUCAUGUAUCACGUCCUCAUGCUUGCCGCCCCGUUCGGCUUCUGGGCCUGGUGGCUGGUAUUCGAGCACGCCCGGACCGGUCAGUGGGAUCUGCAGGACGCGUCAAUUCCCGUGUCCGUUUUUCUCGUCCUCUUGUCGCUCUUCUGGGCUGCCGCGAAGCCGUUGAAAGUGUUUGACACGAGAUGA